AUGUACAGCUGGGAUUAUCUGGCCGACGAAUGUGUGGAGCGCUUGAACAAAAUUCCAUCCGCGGAUGACGGCGCCGAUAAACGGCCUUUCAAGAAGGACCUUUAUGGCUUACUGAGGGACCAUGCGGAGGAGGACCCGAAGCUCAACGAGCUAUGGACUGAGAUCAAUACCAUUCCGCAGUGGGUUGACUGGGAUCAAAUUCAACGGGGCCAGGAUGUUUUCUUCCGUUAUGGCGUUCCGAUUCUCAAUGUCCUCGGUUUUGAAAGUUUACUUGGUGGAAUGGGAGCCAUGCGAGUCGUCGAAACCCUUUCACGAACAGGCAGUUUCGGGGCAAAGGUAGUACGCCGGCGAUUACUCGAGACUCUUCAGCAUGUGCUUCAAGUUAGCAACUCAGCUGAAGGCAUGAAGCCAGGUGGCGAUGGCCAUAUCUCCUGCGUUCGAGUCAGACUGCUUCAUUCGUCUGUGCGCAAGAGGAUUCUAAGUCUAGUAGAUCAGAGCCCUGAAUACUAUGAGAUUAAUAAAUACGGAACACCGGUUAAUGACCUAGACUGCAUUGGCACAAUUAACACAUUCUGCACCUCGGUGAUAUGGCUGGGUCUUCCGCGACAGGGCAUCUACCUCAGCCAGCAAGAGACCGAGGAUUAUAUCGCGCUGUGGAGGCUGGUUGCGUAUUAUAUGGGCACACCGACGGAUCCGCUUGAGAACACAGCUAAGGCUCGUGCCAUAAUGGAAUCGCUUCUGGUUUCCGAGAUUCGUCCCACUGAGACUGGAAAGAUCCUGGUGAAGAAUAUCAUUAUUGGCCUGGAGAAUACAGCGCCGGCUUUUGCAUCCAAGGAAUUCAUGGAGGCGAUGAGUCGACUACUCAAUGGAGAUCAAUUAGCCGAUGAGCUUGAAAUUCCUCGGUCUAAUCUAUACUAUCGGGUAUUGAUAUGGGGGUAUUGCUUCUGGGUUAUGGCUGUUUCAUAUUUUGUACCGAAGAUAUAUUUCCUCGACAGGAUUAUGAUUUCGCUCCGCCGAAAGCGCUUUUACAAGCUAAUUCUCGAUGACAAGAUGGGUCUUGGAGAGGAGUCGCGCUUCGAGUUCAAAUACGUGCCCUCCCUCACUCGCACCACUCACUUGGGCAAACGAGGAAGCACCAAAUUUGAGAGACUUGGCAUUGAAAGUCUGGCGCAUUUAGGUCUUCUGGCAGCUUUUACUGCCGUAGCCACUUUGAGCAUGGGAUUUGUCUUUGCAGUGAGGAUAGUCCCUUCCCAGAUUUUUAUGGUUCGACUGUAG